AGAUCGAUUGAUCGAAUCGAAGAAACCCCAAACCCCACCAAAACCCUCGCCCCACGCCUCCUUCGUCCACAAGCCUCGCGCGCGGCGGCGGUGGCGGCGGCGGCGGCGUAGGCGUGAUGAAUAUGUCGCCGCGCAUUCCGGUGGUGGACCUCGAGGACGGGUGGCGCGACGUGCUCGCCGGCGUCGCCAAGCUCAAGUGCAUCCUCGAUGGCUCCAACGUCGUGCACUUCGUCCCCGACGAGUACAUGCACCUCUACACGACGGUUUACAACAUGUGCACGCAGAAGCCGCCGAACGACUACUCGCAGGUGCUCUACGAUCGCUACAAGCAGGCCCUGGACGAUCACAUCGAAUCCGUCGUGUUGCCCUCCUUGAAUGAGAAGCAUGGCGUGUUCCUUCUGAGGGAAAUAGUGCAGAGGUGGGAGAAACACAAGCUAAUGGUAAGGUGGCUGAGGAGGUUCUUUGACUACCUCGAUCGUUACUAUGUUACACGGAGGUCCCUUGAUUCACUCAAAGAUCUGGGCUGGAGUAGCUUCCGGGAUUUGGUUUUCGAUAAGCUCAAAAGUACUGUGGCAACAAUUAUGAUUGGCAUGAUUGAUGAUGAGAGGGAAGGCAAUCUAAUAGACCGUCCACUCCUGAAGAAUGCCCUUGAUAUCUAUGUUGAAAUUGGGGAUAGUCAACUGAAUUAUUACAGUGAUGAUUUUGAACAAUCAUUUCUCAACGGAACAACAGAUUACUAUUCUAAGAAGGCACAAACAUGGAUUCUUGAGAAUUCUUGCCCUGAAUACAUGCUCAAGGCUGAGGAAUGCUUACAAAAAGAGAAAGACCGGGUUGCAAAUUACUUGCAUUCUACUACAGAACCAAAGCUAUUUGCGGCUGCACUCUUCGAGUUGAUAGAUAGGCGUGCAGAAGAAAUUCUGAACAAGGAGAACUCCGGAUGCAAAGUGUUGCUUUGUGAUGAAAAGACCGAGGAUCUAGCAAGGAUGUUUAGGCUCUUCUCUAGGAUAACUGACGGGCUGCUUCCAGUAUCGAAAAUAUUUAAGGAGCAUGUCAUUGCUGAGGGUAUGUCUCUGCUGAAACAUGCAACAGAUGCUGCCAACAGCAGAAAGGAUGAGAAGAAGGGGGUGGUGGUGGGAUUGCCGGAGCAGGAUUUUGUGAGGAGUGUCAUAGAGCUCCAUGACAAAUAUAUGGCAUAUGUCACCAACUGUUUCCAGAGCAACUCAGUAUUUCACAAGGCACUUAAGGAGGCCUUUGAAGUUAUUUGCAACAAAGAUGUUGUUGGUUGCAGUAGUGCUGAACUGUUUGCGGCAUACUGUGAUAGUAUCUUAAAAAGAGGUGGAAGUGAAAAGCUAAGUGAUGAAGCUAUAGAUGAAAGUCUUGAGAAGGUUGUCAAGCUUCUAACAUAUCUCAGCGACAAGGACCUCUUUGUAGAGUUUCAUAGGAAGAAACUUGGAAGGAGAUUGCUGUUUGAUAAGAAUACAAAUGACGAACAUGAGAGAAUCCUACUCUCCAAGCUGAAGCAAUUCUUCGGGGGACAGUUUACAUCAAAAAUGGAGGGGAUGCUCAAAGAUAUUACAUUGGCAAAAGAACAUCAGUCAAGUUUUGAGGAGUACGUAAGCAACAAUCCAGAGUCAAAUCCUCUGAUAGACUUGAAUGUGACUGUCUUGACAACAGGAUACUGGCCAACAUACAAGAACUCAGAUAUAAAUCUUCCAUUGGAGAUGGUUAAAUGCGUGGAGGUUUUCAAGGAAUAUUAUCGGUCCGACAAGCAACACAGAAAGCUUACCUGGAUCUUUUCCUUGGGAAACUGCGUCGUCAUUGGAAAUUUUGAUGCUAAACCUGUUGAGUUCGUUCUCAACACUUAUCAGGCUGCAUUGUUGCUGCUAUUCAAUGAAGCUGAUAAACUGAGUUACUCUGAUAUUGUGUCACAAUUAAAACUGUCUGAUGAUGAUGCCGUGCGUUUGCUUCAUUCGCUUUCUUGUGCAAAGUAUAAGAUUCUCAACAAAGAGCCUAGCAACAGAGUGAUUUCUCCAGAGGACGAGUUUGAGUUCAAUUCCAAAUUUACCGAUAGGAUGCGAAGGAUUAAGGUACCACUUCCUCAAAUCGAUGAGAAGAAAAAGGUUGUCGAUGAUGUCAACAAGGACAGGAGGUUCGCAAUUGAUGCAUCUCUUGUGCGCAUCAUGAAAAGCCGCAAAGUUCUGGGCCAUCAGCAACUUGUAGCGGAAUGCGUGGAGCAGCUCAGCCGCAUGUUUAAGCCUGACAUCAAGAUCAUCAAGAGGAGGAUCGAGGAUCUUAUCAGCAGGGAGUACUUGGAGCGUGAUUCGGAGAAUGCCCAGACCUACAAAUACUUGGCUUGAUGAUUGGUCCUGAGGCGACUUGCUGACUGUUUGUCUGUUUACUCACCCUCUGGAUUCCUAGGGCAGUGCCCUGAUGUUGCCACCAGUAGUCUCUGUUUACUUACAUCCACGCAUCAGGGUUGUACACUCUUUUCCUGCUCAAGUGAAUGAUUAGAGGAAAAACAGAUUAGGAGAAGCAGCUAUGGCUCGGCUGUGACUGUGAACCACAUUUACAUGUUUAGCUUUGACGCCCUUUGCUCUACCUUUUGAGUUUCUAUAAUUUUUGUUGAUUACUUUCUUCUUGCCGAUCAUUGUGUUAAAUCGCAACUCAUCAUGGAGAAAGAACUUUAUUGCA